AUUCAGUCUUUUUACCCCCUCUGUGCCAAAGAUAACCCAAAGACUCAACUUCCUAUCUAGGUUUGGCUUCAAAUGUUUUUGUUGUGCCAAGACAUCUUCCUGCAUUCUGUUUCAAAAUGAUCUCUUGUAUGUUUCUUUGUAUCAAAACCUUCUGUUUUCCAUCGGUUUUAAUGAAAUAUAUGUGCCUAAAUUCCUUGAGCACCUUUCAGACACCUCAGCUGUUGAGUGUUGUGAUGGGCUUGCUUGUAUUGCCUCUCUUGUCCCAGCUUUCAGAAAACUGAUGUGCUGACUGAGAUCUUCAUGGUUGUGUAGGUGUUUCAGAUGGGCUGUUUUUGUUGAGGACAAAGACUUUACUUGCUUCUUUUGUCUUUGUAUGGGAUUUGCUGCUUUCUAUGUAACCAAAGAAUUGGCAGGACCCUGGGUAAGAUCAAUGACUCCGUAUCAUUUGGAAUGAUUUUUGCUUUGGAUAGAGAAAAUUUUGAUGAUAGUUAAAGAAAAGAUUGAUAUUCUGCUAAGUGGUGAUAAGGCUUAAUAUGGUAGUUGCUGCUGCAGCUCAGGGAGAUGUUGGUCUCACAGCUGGGAGAAGGGCUGUUUCACUCCUGCUCCUAAUUUUUUGUGGCUCAAAUGAACUACCAAGUUGGGAUUUUGAGAUCAUGGUGUUAAUAUUGCUUGUCAAAACGCCCCUUUAGUUUUCCAGUGUUGCUGAGUUGCAUGCCCCUGGUGGGAUGUGUCCAUGGGACCUUCUCUGUUACAGGCUUGGUGUCUCGUACUGCUCAGUGUGUUCACAGGUCACAGUUUCUCUGUGUCUGAUCAGUCUUGCUUCACUCUUCCAUGUCCCCUUCAUUUAUCUCCCAUCUUCCAGGAGGUCCAGUGCCCAGAGCUGUACACAGUGCUGUACUUGAGGCCUGGUCAGUGCUGGGUACUGACUUAUCACUGACAUCUUCCAGCUGGAUACAACUUAACACCUUUUAUGUCUGCUAGUUCCUUACAAAUAGGUUCUGAUUGUUCUGAUGCCUUUCAGCCUCAGGUUCUCCCAGGACGUCCUCCCAGUGAUCAGAAACAAAUCUCAAAGAGAUUUCUCUUGAUUUACUUUUUCUGCCUGCCUUUUUAAAUGUGUCAUCCCAUUCCAGGAACAUACAAGACAGUCUGAAUCCCACUAUAGUUUUUACUGAGCAAUUCCUCACUAUCUUUGUUGUGUUGCUUUUGAAGAAAUGGUUCCAAAAAGGUUCCUAACUUUUACUGACCAGCAGUAGAUGUUUAAACGACCAGCUAAUCCUUUCAGCUUGUUCUCCUGUUUUGCUGGGUUCUUUGCUUGUGUAGAUGAAAGAAUUUUAAUCUGUCCUUUUAUGGGUGCUUUCCUUCCCACUUCGGGGAGACAAUCAGGAAACAAAUUGUAGCAGACUCUUGGGGUUGGGGCAGAAGGGAGAUAGUCCCUGCCUGACUGAAUUGUUAAGGUUAUACUGAUGGGCAUGUUUAGCCAGCUGGCAGUGGUAAAACAGGUGUAAAAUCUUAAUGCAAAUUACAAGGGGAUUACCUUUCCAGUGACUGCCAGUUGUAACAAUUUGGCAGCACAAAAGGCAAGUUUGAAGCAGGAAAAGAUCUAGCCCUGUAACUGCAUACAUUUUAGGGACAGAAGAAAUUGAAUGAACACACAAUGGGAGAGCAAGAAAAUCAAGCAACUUCUAGGACAUUGCCUGACAUCUGAGAGCUGUAAUGCAAUAGGUGUGCAACCUUGACCACCUCUGUUGUAACUUGCUUACUUUGGCAUCCUCUUUGGAGGGUACUUGACUUUCAGUUAAACUGGAGUGAAAUGCCAAUUCAAAUAAAAAUGUUACGGCAUUAUGGGCUGUUUUUCUAAGAUAAAGUAAGAUGAAUUGAAAGAGUUUUCCAGGAUGGCAAUCCCUUUCACCAAAAGAUUUCCAAAUCAUGUUUACAGAUGGAGAAACUGAGACAAAGACAAGUUCCAACAACUUGCCUGAAGUCACUCUGUGACAGUGAGUUAAUGGAACACAGGUAUUCUUGCUUCCAGCUUCCUUUUGGUAAUCACAAGGGUACAACACUUUCUGAAGUGACAAAGAGAAAUUAUUGGGGAGUUCAGAACAGUUUGACUAACGGGUCAAGCAAGGUGUGGGUCCAAGGGAGUGUGUCUUUCUGAAGAAGUUGCCAAAAAUCUUUCCAUUUGCUGGUUAGUUUCACACAGGAAAUUUUGGCCAGCUAAAGACAGAGCUUGUAUUUGAGGUGAGGGGCUUGCUGCAGAGAAGUCCUUCUCAGGGAACAAUUGUGUCUAAAAUCCAGAAAUCAUUCAGCUGAAAAAGGCUUUGGGAUUGUACCUGAACUAUCCUUUUACUCUUUGUAGAGCAUGGCAAGUAGUAAUUUUGUUGCUCUGAUUGUAAGAGAAAAGAGAUUUCUCACAGCACAGGACAGCUGGGAAGCAGGGGUGUCAGCCAUCUGAUCUACUUGUUUUUUCUUCUUGUGUUCUCUGUGACAGAGGUUUAGAUAGUAAAACUUUUUUUUUUUCCUCUAAACCUCUUUUUGUUCCUUUGGGGAGAUUGACUGUAAGACUGUCUAGUCCAUCCCGUAAUAUUCAGUGUCAGUGGUUGUUUGCACCUUUGUGCAACAGCUGUUCCAGCACUUAUCUUUACAUCCCAAGCAGAUUUUCAGCCCUCUGGGGAGCACUGUGUCAAUAUUAAAAUGACUUUGAUAAUUAGAAAGGCUCUUCCUUGGUCAUCAGCUCUCCUGAACUGUCAUGUUCAUGCCACUUUAUAGCAAACAAGCUCAUUCUAGUAGAGGCCAAAUGAGCUGUGUUUGUGAAAGAUGCUCAAGCCUGUGAUGCUGGGGGGAGGUCUCGUGGCAAUUGUGCCUCACAUAAAAUCUGGUUGCCCUUUGCUAAGAGACAUUGCUGCUUCCCCUUUGCUCUUAGACCCCUGUAAAAAGCAACAUCCCAUUGCCAGUUCACGAAGCACAGGGAGGCCAGUUGACUGACUGGUAUGUGUUCAGUACCUGAGAGCUGGGGAUGUCCUGUCUGAGCUGGAGGUGUCCUGUCUGAGCUGGAAAACAUGCUGAGCCUUAUCGCACAAGGCGCUGCGAUCGAUACAUCCUGACCCAGCCUCGGGCAGGGUGUUUCUGCCAACUCCUGCUUCUUCAUUGGGGCGUGCAGGGGGUGUGUGCCAUGCUAUCCCCUUAUUGAUCCUGUUAAGUGUUGCCAAAGACAGUCUUUCUGGGACAGGUUGUACACUAUAGGCUUCCAUACCACUAGAGAUCUAUGAAGACCUUUGGUUGUGCCAGUUGGCUACUGCUGUGUAGGAUUGAGAAAGCCAGGCUCUGAUAAUGAACUUUAAAAUUGGUGUGUGGUGCAUCAGCACUUAACAGGAAUUUUGUGUUGGAACAGUUAACCGUGCAGAUUAAAAUGUUCUGAAGUCUUUUCAUGCUUGUAGUUGUGCUUUAUUUAAAGAGUAUUAGUAAUAAAAAUAAUGUAAAUGUCCUCCUCACUCCCUUAGUUAUAGCCUCUAACAUUGGAAACAAGUGUUUGUAAGGAGAAUAUUCUGCUUGUGUACAGUCUACGUCAACAAUUUACUUUUUUGUGUUUUGAACCUUUAGAUAUUGAACUAAACAUACUAUUUAUUUUUUUUUAAGUCUUUUUGCUUCCAGGCAUAGUUGUGUUGUCUUUGAGUUCAGAAAUUUCCAUCAGCACUUCCAAAGGCAGUAGUCCUAUUGGGAUACAGUUAUUGCUUGUUGUGUAGUGAGGUGUUAGUUGCUGUGCUCCUUUCUGAAGUUUUAGGCAUAGAUUAAAUAACUUCUCUAUAAAUACCACUUGGAAAGUACUUUGGGUCUGUUGGUUUCGUUCAAGAAAUUGUUCUUGACUAUUGCUAAAUUUAAUUCCAAGCUUCAAAGAUGGCAUCUUGUGUCAGAUUCUUUUUUAAAAUAGAUUAAAUCCUUCUUGUCUUCUGGUAUUUAUACAUCAGGGCUCUGGUUUCAUAAGCAAUGAAAUGGGUGGAUGAAAUCACCUGACAAUCCACUUGCAUCAACUGAAAGCCAAAUUUUUUGGAAGCAGCUCAGCUGUUACUGCUGACACUAAGCCCGCAGAGGCUUUAGCCCUUAGUGCCUAAUAGCAUUUGGACUUCUCAGUAAGUAACCUCAAUAAAUUAUUGAAAUCCUAAAGAAGAACUCAUCAUCUAUCCAAGUAAUUUUGGAAGAACACCUCGAUUUUAGCCAGGACAGUACUGUGUGAACACACUCAGCCUGGCACUGGGACAGGAUGUCUGCUUAGAAACCGGAGGUAGAGUAAGUGCACAGAGUGCUGAAAGAAAUAAAGGAUCCUUUUGAGCUUGUUUAGAAUUAAAAAAAAAUUCCAGUCCAGCUGUUUGUGGUUAGGAGGUCACACUAUGGAGCAUUGAUCUUAUAAAAUUACGAGUGCUGCUGUAAGUUUAUGCACAGCUUUGUGCAGAGAAAUAGCAACGUGUUCUAGUGUCUGCAAGGCUGAUAUUUUCACUGCCGUGUCCUGGGCUGGCCCAGCUGCACCAAAACGGAUUCCUCCUUUCCCAAGCGAUCCCUUCCCCUUCCCGGCUUUCUGUGUGCUCCCGGCUGUGGGGCUGCUGCUGGAGCUGAGGGCUCCUCCUCUUGCUCUGUUGUCUGUGCUCUCAGUUGCCAUGGAGCUGCUGAGGUUUUUGUGUAGGGCGACUGGCAUGGGUUUGCAUCUCACUACCAGAAGGCUGUUAAUGAAACUGGACUUGCAUGCUGCUUGCUGAGACGUUUUCCUUUGGGUAUGAUCAAUUGCUGUUGGCUCAGAGAUAGGGGAGAGUGACAUUGUCACAUGUUUCCACAAGUUAUUGAAGUAAAACUGUGCAUCUUCAAGGAACCCCUGCCAAAACAAAGGAUUUAGUUUUGUUACCACUACUGGCAGUGAGUGAGUGAUGCUGUGAUUUAUAUUUUGAACUUCAUCCACCUGGAGUGAAAAAUUUCAUUUCUUCCUGUAUCUGUUGAAAAAGAGAAAGCUUAUAAGGUGUUUUGGAUUCCCAGCUGUUUCUGGUUAUACUGAUAACCUGUGAGUUACAACUUUUUUCUCCUCCAAAAGCUACUCUGUUUAAUGAACAAAUAUGCUUUAAAGGACUUUUCAUCUGUAUGCCUCUCAAAAAUAGUGUUCUUAUUUUGGUGUAACAGAUAUUUUACUCCCUUUGACCUCAGUUAAUAUGGAAAGCAUCUCUAACUUCAGUAAUUUAUAAGGAGAUUUUGCGAAGAUUGGCUGGUCGAGAGACCACAGUGGUGACAGUGCUUACUUGCUUGUUUACCUGGUAUUUCUAAUUGAAAAGAUAAUGAUGAUUCCCAGCGGUGUCUGCCUUCAAGCCAACUGUUCUGUCUCUUUAAAUUCAGAGCCAAAAACUGCAUUUGACUAACUCCAGAUUGCUGCCUCCCAGUGCCUGUUGCCCAAGAUGUAGUGAACUAUUUACUCCAGCUGCAGAUUCUUCAUUGCUUGCUGGACCACAGAGAUGCUCACUCUUCCUCUGCCUCUUUGUGAAAUAAGUUGCAAGGACAGAUCUAAAACCAGAGCAGACCUUACAGACACUUCAACUGCCUUUAGUCCUGCCGCCCAGAUCAGAUAUAUGUUUGCAUCAGCACAUACAUAUUUACAAAACAUAAAGCCCAAAAUGAUGAUGAGAGCUGCCCUCUCUCCACACUCUUUACAGACUUAAUACAGAGGAGUAAAAAAGAAAUCCUUUCUCGAGGGGAGUGUGUGUGUGUGUAUGUGCUGCAGUCUCCUUCAGGCUGCCUUUCAAACAAGCCAGCUAAUGCAUCACUGCCUCUGGAAUAAGCUGCAACGUCACUGAUAGCACUUGGCAUGUUCCAGUGCUGGGAUCAAUGCAGGCUCCUGGCUGUGAUGUGCGUCAGGUACGUGUCCGCAGGGAAUGCUUUUCUUUCUUGGAGGCUACACCAGCAGGGAGCCAGGCAGGCUUCCCUUUUGUCUGACAGCAGGCCUGGAAUGCAGAGAGGGGGGUGGCUUCCGUGUGAUGCUUGCCAUUUGGGUUCUGAUAGUGUUACAUUUAGGAAGUUAGCUUUGUGGGGGGGUGUGUGUCUGUGAUGGUAAGUAUUGUAUCAGUGGGACACAUCCUUGUGUAGCCUAUUUUUGUAGGAAUGUUGUAGCAAAUCGUGUCUAUUUUUUUUCAUAGAGCAGUGAAUGCAGCUGAUAGAAGGCACAGUGAAUAUUUUUAACCAGUGCUGAAGCUGCUCCUCUAACAUCAAGCUGUGUGUAGCUGCAGGAUUUGUUUCCUUGCAGCUACAGAAACUGUUUGGAUUGGGGGCUGUGGGUGGGAUUUUUUGGAGCACAGGCAAAUAUUUGGGGAACUUUUCACAAAAACUGACAAGUAUAAUUUCAGUUAUACUGUGUAUAUAUUAUAGUAUCAAAUUAGGAUGAAAACCAAGGAAAUCUAAUGGAAUCAUAGAAUGUGCAAGUACUUUAUUUUUUAAAUGAUGGAAUAUUCCAUUUUCUAUAUGAAUACAUAUCCAAUAGAGUCACUGAAUGUCUGUUGGGUUUUGCUGGUCUUACAAAGUGAUGGCCAGAAGAGAAAGUGACCCAGAUUUUAUCAAUGUCUGUAGAUUCCUGAUUCUCUACCCUUAUGAUAGCUUGUUUGGAACUGGUGAAAUGGUGGGUUUGUGGAAGCCUGCCAGAAGGGAAGUAGAAGCCUGAAUAAUCUGGGAGAGCAGACCUCCAUGGCUGGGUGGGAGGAUGGGACCCAGAGUUUGCUUGGGUUGGCUGGGAGCAGGGAUCUGCACCACUGCUGGGUAAGUGGUGUGGCAGGAGGCCUCUUGAGAUGGAGCCAGUGCUGGAAAAUAUUUCAAUACCAGCUGCUUUUCCUUACAUACUUCUGUUUUAAAAAUGGGAAAUGUUCAAUGUACUUGAUAGUUGAGUAAUUCUUCAAAGUGGAAAUAAAGUCUGACGGGUGAGAGAGGCAUUUAGUUAUUAGGUAGAUUUAUAAUGUGUUUUUUUGGUUGUUUAAGCUCUGUUCUUUCCCUGCUGUCUCUCGUCACUGCUGUCUGGUCAAGAGAUUUCCACUGUUCUGCCUUCUUCACUGCCGCAGUGUGUCGCUGUCCCCUGUCCCCUCCUGCUGACAAUGCUUGAGGAAACUGGAUCUGCACAGAAUUGUUUGCCUGCACUUUAUCAGACACGUGGCACUUGCUGCUGGUUGUUGCUCAUGUUGCCUGCACUAUUCUUAGUUCCCUGUCUCCUGCCGUGACCUCACCUUGCCCUUUGGGGCUCAAGGUUGCACGUUGUCAUCAUCUUAAUAUGACACUUUUCCUUUGGAUACUGUUUUUGAGUGAUCCUCUCCUAGAUGACUGCAUGGCUUUUGCUCAGACUCUUGGAAUGUGUGUCUAUCAAAUAAAAGCUUUGCUACCUGGGUAUGGCUCUAUGCUAGGACAGACCCAAUGUCCUCAAAUUUAAAAAUGUAAUCUAGGUGCUGUGUCUAGUUCCAAUCCAGGUUUGAGCAUUGCUGUAGUUGUUGCCCUUGCUUAUCCUUUCCCUACCCCAAGAUUUGCCAUCUCUUUUUGCACGUGCUCGGUCCUGAGCACUUCCCUUUCUCCAGGGAUGUUGUUGGACUCUGCAAGGCUGCAGCACUUUGCUUGCGAGGACACUUAUUCUUGCAGCACUUGGAGUGAUCUCAUCUCUGCUGGAUAGGUGGAGAAACAGAGGCACAGAAAACUAAGUGACUUGUCCAGGCUCUCUCAGCUUCCAACCUGGUGUCCGGUGUGAUCUGUUGUCUUGUGUCUGGAUCACCACUGUGCUCUGUGUCUGUGCCUCUGACUUUCUUCUCCGCAGCCCUGGCAACGCUUUCCUUGUCACCUCCCCACCCACCGUGAAAAUCUGGCAUUAAAUCCCACAUGUUGCUUGAAUUCUUCGGGCGCUCUGGCCCCCGUAGUCGCUCCUUCGCUGCCGCCCAUCUGAGGAGGAGCUCUCCCGCUCCCGGCGUGUUGCUCGGCCAGCGGUGCGCGGCUUCCCGGGAUGCAGCGCCUGGGAAUCCCCGCAGCCUCGGCUACCUCCCUGGAUCCCGGGGCUGUGUGCUGAGCCUCAUUGCAUAACCUGCUGAUCAUUUUCUCUCUUUCUUGAUCAGCUGCUUUCCUCUGAAUGCAGAAGAGGGAAGCUGCUCCCCUCUCUCUGCAUGCUGCGUCACAGGAAGAGUGACUGGGAGAGAGGGCUGGUGGAAAGCAAGGGACAAAGGUUAAGAGAUUGAAGCAAUCUGGGAAGUGCCACUGCUUCAAGGAGAACCGCAUGAGUGCAAGAGGCUCUUUGCAGCUUUCUCCUGCUGGGCUUUGAGCUGCAAUAUUGAAAAUAAAAUAGCAGCAGCUACACUAGAUGAGUGAUAAGCAAGCCCGAAAUUGUUAAUUCCUUCACUGAGCCAGCAUGGAGGAUUCUGCAGAGCAGAGUCAGGAAAUGAGAUACCACAUGCUGCAAAGGCCCAGUAUGUCUGGUUUACACCUUGUAAAGCAAGGCCGGGACAGGAAGAAAGUUGAUGUGCAGCGGGACUUCACUGUGGCUUCUCCAGCAGAAUUUGUGACUCGUUUUGGAGGGAAUAAAGUUAUUGAAAAGGUCCUGAUAGCAAACAAUGGCAUCGCAGCAGUGAAGUGCAUGAGGUCCAUCCGGCGCUGGUCCUACGAGAUGUUUCGAAACGAGCGGGCGAUCAGAUUUGUUGUCAUGGUGACUCCUGAGGAUCUGAAAGCAAAUGCAGAGUAUAUUAAAAUGGCAGAUCACUACGUCCCAGUUCCUGGAGGACCAAACAACAACAACUAUGCAAAUGUGGAACUCAUUCUUGAUAUUGCUAAGCGGAUUCCAGUGCAGGCUGUGUGGGCUGGCUGGGGUCAUGCAUCUGAGAACCCUAAACUACCAGAACUUCUUCACAAAAAUGGAAUUGCUUUCAUGGGUCCUCCAAGCCAAGCAAUGUGGGCCUUAGGAGAUAAAAUUGCUUCUUCAAUAGUGGCUCAGACUGCUGGCAUUCCAACUCUUCCUUGGAGUGGCAGUGGUCUUCGAGUGGACUGGCAGGAAAAUGAUCUUCAGAAGCGUAUCUUGAAUGUUCCUCAGGAGUUAUAUGAAAAAGGCUACGUGAAAGACGCCGAUGACGGCCUGCGGGCUGCUGAGGAAGUUGGCUACCCUGUCAUGAUCAAGGCUUCUGAAGGAGGAGGAGGAAAAGGAAUCAGGAAAGUUAACAAUGCAGAUGACUUCCCCAACCUAUUUAGACAGGUUCAAGCUGAGGUCCCUGGCUCUCCAAUCUUUGUCAUGAGACUAGCCAAGCAGUCGCGCCACCUGGAGGUGCAGAUCCUGGCCGAUCAGUACGGCAACGCCAUCUCUCUCUUUGGCCGGGAUUGCUCCGUGCAGCGCCGGCACCAGAAGAUCAUUGAGGAAGCACCUGCCUCUAUUGCCACUUCCGUGGUGUUUGAGCACAUGGAGCAGUGUGCAGUGAAGCUUGCCAAAAUGGUGGGGUACGUGAGUGCAGGCACUGUGGAGUAUCUGUACAGCCAGGAUGGCAGCUUCUACUUCCUGGAGCUGAAUCCCCGCCUGCAGGUGGAGCACCCCUGCACUGAGAUGGUGGCUGAUGUCAACCUGCCGGCAGCACAGCUCCAGAUUGCCAUGGGGAUUCCCCUCCACAGAAUCAAGGAUAUCCGGGUGAUGUAUGGUGUGUCUCCAUGGGGAGAUACAUCUAUUGAUUUUGAGAACUCAGCCCACGUCCCCAGUCCACGCGGCCACGUCAUCGCUGCCCGUAUCACCAGUGAGAAUCCUGAUGAAGGAUUUAAGCCCAGUUCUGGUACAGUUCAGGAGCUGAAUUUCCGCAGCAAUAAGAAUGUCUGGGGCUAUUUCAGUGUUGCUGCUGCAGGAGGGCUUCAUGAAUUUGCUGAUUCUCAGUUUGGUCACUGCUUCUCUUGGGGAGAAAAUCGUGAAGAAGCCAUCUCAAACAUGGUAGUGGCUUUGAAGGAGCUGUCCAUCCGAGGGGAUUUCCGAACCACUGUUGAGUACUUGAUUAAACUGUUGGAAACAGAGAGUUUCCAGCAGAACCGCAUCGACACCGGCUGGUUGGAUCGGCUCAUUGCCGAGAAGGUUCAGGCUGAACGGCCUGACACCAUGCUGGGGGUGGUGUGUGGAGCUCUGCACGUGGCUGAUGUGAGCCUCCGAAACAGUGUCUCAAACUUCCUACACUCUCUAGAAAGGGGCCAAGUCCUGCCUGCUCAUACUCUGCUGAACACUGUGGAUGUGGAACUCAUCUAUGAAGGACGGAAGUAUGUGCUGAAGGUGACCCGACAGUCUCCCAAUUCCUACGUGGUCAUCAUGAACAACUCGUGUGUGGAAGUUGAUGUGCACAGACUGAGUGAUGGGGGGCUGCUCCUGUCCUAUGAUGGGAGCAGCUACACUACCUACAUGAAAGAAGAAGUGGACAGGUAUCGCAUCACUAUCGGUAACAAGACCUGUGUGUUUGAGAAGGAGAAUGAUCCCUCCAUUCUGCGCUCACCUUCGGCUGGAAAGCUUAUCCAGUAUGUGGUGGAGGAUGGGGGGCACGUGUUUGCAGGCCAGUGCUUUGCAGAAAUAGAGGUGAUGAAAAUGGUGAUGACACUAACAGCAGGAGAAUCAGGCUGCAUCCAUUAUGUCAAACGCCCAGGGGCAGUCUUGGAUCCAGGCUGCGUGAUUGCCAAGCUCCAGCUGGAUGAUCCCAGCAGGGUUCAGCAGGCUGAGCUGCACACGGGCGCUUUGCCGCAGAUCCAGAGCACAGCGCUUCGAGGUGAGAAACUCCAUCGCAUCUUCCAUUAUGUGCUGGAUAACCUGGUCAAUGUGAUGAAUGGGUACUGCCUGCCAGAGCCCUACUUCAGCAGCAAGGUGAAAGGCUGGGUGGAGCGACUAAUGAAGACACUGAGAGAUCCAUCUUUGCCUCUGCUGGAACUUCAGGACAUCAUGACCAGUGUCUCUGGACGGAUCCCACCCAAUGUAGAGAAGUCCAUCAAAAAGGAGAUGGCCCAAUAUGCCAGCAACAUCACAUCAGUCCUUUGCCAGUUUCCCAGCCAACAGAUUGCCAACAUCUUGGAUAGCCACGCAGCCACCCUGAACCGCAAGUCGGAGCGCGAGGUCUUCUUCAUGAACACACAGAGCAUUGUGCAGCUUGUACAGAGGUACCGCAGUGGUAUUCGGGGUCACAUGAAGGCUGUGGUGAUGGAUCUGCUCCGUCAGUAUCUGAAGGUGGAGACUCAGUUUCAGCAUGGUCACUAUGACAAGUGUGUCUUUACCCUUCGGGAAGAGAAUAAAAGUGAUAUGAAUGCUGUGUUGAACUACAUCUUCUCUCAUGCUCAAGUCACUAAGAAGAACCUGCUUGUUACAAUGCUCAUUGACCAGCUAUGUGGUCGUGACCCCACCUUGACAGAUGAGCUCAUUAAUAUUCUGACUGAGCUGACCCAGCUCAGCAAGACAACCAACGCUAAAGUGGCCCUGCGAGCACGGCAGGUUCUUAUUGCUUCCCAUUUGCCAUCCUACGAGCUGCGUCACAACCAGGUGGAGUCCAUCUUCCUGUCUGCUAUCGACAUGUAUGGACACCAGUUCUGCAUUGAGAACCUGCAGAAACUCAUUUUGUCUGAGACAUCCAUCUUUGAUGUGCUACCCAACUUUUUCUACCACAGUAACCAGGUGGUAAGAAUGGCAGCUCUGGAGGUGUAUGUUCGAAGGGCAUAUAUUGCCUAUGAACUAAACAGUGUCCAGCAUCGCCAGCUGAAGGACAACACCUGUGUGGUGGAGUUCCAGUUCAUGCUCCCUACCUCCCAUCCAAACAGAGGGAACAUCCCCACGCUAAACAGAAUGUCCUUCUCUUCCAACCUCAAUCACUAUGGGAUGGUCCAUGUAGCUAGUGUGAGUGAUGUACUGCUGGACAAUUCCUUCACUCCCCCGUGCCAGCGGAUGGGCGGGAUGGUCUCCUUCCGCACCUUUGAAGAUUUUGUCAGAAUCUUUGAUGAAGUGAUGGGUUGCUUCUGUGACUCUCCCCCCCAGAGCCCAACCUUCCCUGAAGCUGGCCAUGCUUCCUUGUAUGAUGAAGACAAGGCUGCCCGUGAGGAGCCCAUCCACAUUCUUAAUGUUGCUAUUAAAACUGACAGUGAUGUUGAUGAUGAUGGGCUGGCAGCCAUGUUCAGGGAGUUCACACAAAGCAAGAAAUCAGUCCUGAUUGAGCAUGGGAUUCGGAGGCUGACUUUCCUUGUAGCACAAAAGGACUUCAGGAAACAGGUCAACUAUGAGGUGGAUCAGAGAUUCCAUAGGGAGUUUCCAAAGUUCUUCACAUUCCGUGCCCGGGAUAAGUUUGAGGAAGACAGGAUUUACCGUCACCUGGAGCCAGCUCUGGCUUUCCAGCUGGAGUUGAACCGAAUGCGCAACUUCGAUCUGACUGCCAUUCCGUGUGCCAACCACAAAAUGCAUCUCUACCUGGGAGCUGCUAAAGUUGAAGUGGGAACAGAAGUGACAGACUACAGGUUCUUCGUGAGGGCUAUCAUAAGGCAUUCAGACCUGGUUACCAAGGAAGCCUCCUUUGAGUAUCUGCAAAAUGAGGGAGAGCGAUUGCUUUUGGAAGCCAUGGAUGAGUUGGAGGUGGCGUUUAAUAAUACCAACGUGCGCACCGACUGCAAUCACAUCUUCUUAAAUUUCGUGCCUACUGUCAUCAUGGACCCAUCUAAGAUCGAGGAGUCGGUGCGGAGCAUGGUGAUGCGCUACGGGAGCCGCCUGUGGAAGCUCCGCGUCCUCCAAGCCGAGCUGAAGAUCAACAUCCGCCUGACUCCGACUGGGAAGGCAAUUCCCAUCCGUCUCUUCUUGACCAACGAGUCAGGCUACUACUUGGACAUCAGCUUGUACAAAGAAGUGACAGACUCCAGGACAGGGCAGAUUAUGUUCCAGGCAUACGGGGAUAAACAGGGACCACUUCAUGGGAUGCUGAUCAAUACCCCAUACGUGACCAAAGACCUGCUUCAGUCCAAGAGAUUCCAGGCACAGUCUUUGGGGACAUCAUAUGUCUAUGACAUUCCUGAGAUGUUUCGGCAAUCUUUGAUUAAACUCUGGGAAUCUAUGAAUGAACAUGCAUUCCUGCCAACACCACCGCUGCCUUCCGACAUCCUAACAUACACUGAAUUGGUGCUGGAUGAUCAGGGCCAACUGGUGCACAUGAACAGGCUGCCAGGAGGAAAUGAGAUUGGGAUGGUGGCCUGGAAGAUGACUCUCAAGACCCCUGAGUAUCCAGAAGGCCGUGAUAUCAUUGUCAUUGGCAAUGACAUUACGUACCGGAUAGGUUCUUUUGGGCCUCAGGAGGACGUGCUCUACCUGAGGGCUUCAGAGCUUGCUCGAACACAAGGCAUCCCCCGUGUCUAUGUGGCUGCCAACAGUGGAGCCAGGAUUGGUUUGGCUGAGGAGAUUCGGCACAUGUUCCACGUAGCUUGGGAAGACCCAGAUGACCCAUACAAGGGAUACAAAUACUUGUACCUGACUCCUCAAGACUAUAAGAAAGUCAGUGCCCUCAACUCAGUUCACUGUGAGCAUGUGGAGGAAAAUGGAGAGUCCAGGUAUAAGAUAACAGAUAUUAUCGGAAAGGAAGAUGGACUUGGAAUAGAGAACCUCAGAGGAUCUGGCAUGAUUGCUGGAGAAACGUCUUUAGCCUACGAUAGUAUUAUCACCAUCAACUUGGUUACAUGUCGGGCAAUUGGAAUUGGGGCUUACCUGGUUCGGCUGGGGCAGAGGACUAUCCAGGUUGAGAACUCUCAUAUAAUCCUGACUGGCUGUGGAGCCCUCAACAAAGUGCUUGGACGGGAAGUUUAUACCUCCAACAACCAGCUGGGUGGGAUCCAGAUAAUGCACAACAACGGGGUGACACACAGCACGGUGUGUGAUGAUUUUGAAGGAGUCUACACUGUUCUGCAGUGGAUUUCCUACAUGCCAAAGAAUGUAUCCAGUCCUGUUCCUAUCCUCAAAGUCAAGGAUCCUAUAGACAGAACCAUAGACUUUGUUCCUACCAAAACUCCCUAUGAUCCUCGCUGGAUGUUGGCUGGACGCCCAAAUCCAAGCCAAAAAGGACAGUGGCUAAGUGGUUUCUUUGACAAUGGCUCAUUCCUGGAGAUCAUGCAGCCCUGGGCACAGACAGUUGUGGUUGGCAGAGCAAGGCUGGGAGGAAUACCUGUAGGAGUAGUUGCCGUAGAAACGAGAACAGUGGAGCUCAGCAUCCCUGCUGAUCCUGCAAACCUGGACUCAGAGGCCAAGAUAAUCCAGCAGGCUGGUCAAGUCUGGUUCCCUGACUCUGCCUUUAAGACUGCGGAGGCUAUCAAGGACUUCAACAGAGAAGGGCUGCCUCUCAUGGUCUUUGCUAACUGGAGGGGCUUUUCUGGUGGAAUGAAAGACAUGUAUGACCAAGUGCUCAAGUUUGGUGCCUACAUUGUGGAUGGCCUGAGGGAGUAUCGUCAGCCCGUGCUUAUUUACAUCCCACCCCAGGCAGAGCUGAGGGGAGGAUCCUGGGUUGUGAUUGACCCCACCAUCAAUCCUCGUCACAUGGAGAUGUACGCGGACCGAGAGAGCAGAGGAGGAAUCCUGGAACCCGAGGGGACAGUGGAAAUCAAAUUCCGCAGGAAGGAUUUGGUGAAGACGAUGCGGCGCGUGGACCCCGUCUACAUCCGCCUGGCUGAGCGGCUGGGUACCCCCGAGCUGAGCGCUGCCGACCGGAAGGAGCUGGAGACCAAGCUGAGGGAGCGGGAGGAAUUCCUGAUUCCCAUCUACCAGCAGGUGGCCAUGCAGUUUGCUGACUUGCACGACACACCCGGCCGGAUGCAGGAGAAGGGAGCCAUCACUGACAUUCUAGAUUGGAAAACUUCCCGUACUUUCUUCUACUGGAGAUUAAGACGUCUUCUUCUGGAAGAUGUGGUCAAAAAGAAGAUUCAUGAUGCCAACCCUGAGCUGACUGAUGGGCAGAUCCAGGCUAUGCUGAGACGCUGGUUUGUAGAAGCUGAAGGGACAGUGAAGGCCUACCUGUGGGACAGCAAUAAGGACCUGGUGGAGUGGCUGGAGAAACAGCUGACGGAAGAAGAAGGCGUUCGCUCCGUUGUGGAUGAAAACAUCAAGUACAUCUCCAGGGACUACAUCCUCAAACAGAUCCGGAGCCUGGUCCAGGCCAAUCCGGAGGUUGCCAUGGAUUCCAUAGUGCACAUGACCCAGCAUAUAUCACCCACCCAGCGAGCUGAGAUCGUGAGGAUCCUCUCCACAAUGGACUCGCCUUCUUCAACAUAAGAACAUUGAUUUCCCACACUCCCCUCUGCCCGGUACAGUGGAGGAAAAAAAAAAGCAGCUCAGAAUUGCCCUUUGCUUGACUGUGACCACUAUACCAAGACGGGGAGGCUCAGGGAAACACUGGCAGAGUGACAUUUUUAUUUUUUCAAAUCAAGACUGACCAGAGGAAGCGUGUUCUUUGGCUGGAGACACAAGGAAAAUGUAUAAACACAAGCGCCUGCAGAACUGAGUUACAGCUGUCUAACUACCUUAUUUAUUUAACAAAGCAUGACUGGACCAAGGCAGCGGUUUGCUGUUCGGCUGCCACCCGAGCGCUGCAGCCAGGCAAUGAAGGGUGCUGCAGCACCCUGAGCUCUGGCAGUAGCAGAGCAGGGGCUCAUUUAAAUUACACCCCUGUGCCCCUGCCUACUUCUCUGUUCCCAUCCCUACUGACAAGUGCCAACAUCACCCCCUGCGAGAGAGCGGCUGCAGCCGAGGAUGGGCUCUGCCUCCCUGGAGUGGGUGGGAGCUCAAGGUCCUCCCACCUGGCUCGAGCCCCUCAUGAUCAGCCCUCCUGUCCCUGUCAGCCUGGUGCUGAGCUCUAUUUCAAAUGUCUCUUGUUACUUACAAGUAGAGGAAAAACAGUGUGUAAGCCAGGGUGGCCAGGGCUGUCCCUGUGCCUCAGGGGAGGCUGCAGGGAAGGCUCCGGAGAUUCCCAGCACUGUGAAGGUGGCUGUGGUAGGAUUUUGGAAGCUAAAUCCCUGCUUGCUUUGCCUUUGUGCCCAAUUGCUGUGCAACAGGUCAGUAAACUGUGUGAAAGACCCUUCUAGGAAGAUGUAAGAGGCCAAAACGCAGCUGCUCUUCCUUCCCUAUGUAUUUUGGGGAUAACAGAUGUGGGGCAGCCCCACUGCUGUGUAUCCCCCACGUCAGUGCUAAUGCCUUUCAUGUGAGUAGGUAAUUGGAGACAGUGUUUGCCAGGGUAAAGGAUGGAGUCAAGUACCCUGAUGGGGUUAGAGCUGUGAAAGGAAACCUCAGCCUGAUACAGCUGAGCAAAGCUUCCCUCCAUCACCCACCUGUGUGCCAGAGCUGGCUCCAGCAGAGCUGCCUGUGCUCUGUGUGUGGUCAGGAGGGAAGACAGAAAUGUAAGAAAGGUUUAUUUUGGUAUUUCCCUGCCUUAGCACCAGCUGACUUCUGUAGCCAUUCCAAUGGGUGCUCUUUGCAGCCAGUGAGGAUUAAUUGUCUUCAGUUUGGCCAGUGAGCACAGCGCCGGCACUGAGCCAGGCUGCCCAGGUCGGAGGGGUGGCAGCAGUGCAGGGCACUACAGGCUGACCCAGCCCAGGUCCCUGGUUUAUUCCUACACUUUUUUAUUUUCAUGGGCUUCCUGACCAUGAUCAAAGAUGAGAGGAGAUGAAACUCUGAAGGGAAGCACAGUCAAACCCUAAGCCACAGAUCCUGGGAUGGAACUUGGUAUAAGCAGUACUGGAGAGCUUUCACCAAUGAUUGGCUUUAAAGUAUUUCAGAUUUUACAAUUCCUUUUCUAGUAGAGCAUGACUCAGAAGGGAUGUUUUUAUGAGAGAAGUAAUUAAUGAUGAUGCCAGUGCCUCACACCUGUAUCGUUUCCUUCUGCACUGCAACACAGCCCCUUGUGUGUGGUGCCAGAGCUCCUGUGAGAUCCCAGUGCUCCUCCCCAGUGACCAGCAGCAGCACUGCAGCCCUGCCUGUGGCCAGCGGAGCAGUGUCCUCCAAAGGACUAGCUUUUUUGUAAUAGUUAAGAACCCUAAUUUGAUUUAAAAGACAUUUUUCCCGCUAGAGCUCCCUGAACAAUCCCCAAAGAUGCUUUUACUUAUGCUGAUGAGGGCCACAGCAGGACAGAGAACAUCUCAGCCAGACAGGACCAUUCUGGGGCAUCGUGGCAUGGGUGAUUCGUCAGGUUCCUCCUCUGUUGUUACCAGGAUUUCCUACAUGGUGGUGUCAUAGAUCAAUCCCUUAUCCCAGACGUCUGCAGGUGUUACAGGAAAGAUCCCUGUGCCCGAUCCUUCUGCUGGGGGUGGGAGCUGUUGCUGCCAAAGUCUCUUCCCUGCUGGGCAAGAGCAGACCCCCUGUUUCACUGUUACAAGCGCCAAGUUCGGCGCCACUUAAUUAGGGGGUAAAGUAGCUCCAAAGAAAGCCCAGCUGUAGUUAACGCUGGAGCUGGUCCAAGUCUGGCACUGGCCCUGGGAGCCCUGUGGAAGUCAGUCCUGGUGGGAGCAUCAUGGCAGUGUCACCAGUUGCUGUCCCAGCCCCAGUGGUCGCAGCAGCACUGGUGCUGCAGGCAUCCAGGUUGGUUACCACGGGGCAGGGAUGGUGGAGAAACCACCCUCUGUUCGUACGGUUCUCGCUGGUGCUGAAGUAUUUCAUUUACCUCAAUUUCUUUUAAUAAAAAGAAUGAGUUACA